ACAAAAAUAUGAAUGACUGUUAAACACGAAGCCACUGAUGAAUUUGCGCAGGUAGUGUGUGAAUGCAACUUGACACCGAGCGCGUUUGGGGCAGAGAGUGAAAGUUUUGACAGUGACAUUGUUGGCGGAUCUGCUGAGGACACACAGAGAGCAGUGCACUACUUGAGUCAGAAUGAACUGUCCCUUCAGUCCCAGGUGGGAACCAGGACCUGACCUCUCCUGUCUGCACCAGUACAAUGAGUGGCUGGCGUGUAGGCAUAAGUCCAGUCUACUGCCCAUGAAAGAAGAUCUGGCCAUCUGGCUUAACACAAUCCUUGGUUUGGAUAUAACAGUGGAUAACUUCAUGGACAGACUAGACAAUGGUGUCGUCCUGUGUCAGCUUGCAGAGGCGCUACAGGAGAAGAUGGUUCUGGCCAGCAAUGAAAAGCCCUUUAUUCGGUGUGUGAUUCGCUGGCGGUCUGAUGCAGCCUCUGGAUCAUUCUUCGCUCGAGACAAUACAGCUAACUUUCUGUACUGGUGCCGUAAAAUUGGAGUGGAGCAGUCACAUCUGUUUGAAUCCGAAGAUCUUGUUCUUCAGAAGCAUCCCAGGGAUGUGUGCCUGUGUCUCAUGCAACUUGCGAGGAUUGCCUCGAGGUAUGGCAUUGAGCCGCCAACGCUGGUCAAGCUCGAGACAGAGACUGAGAAACAGGAAGAUGAGUCUUUGUCCCCAACCAUGUUCUUCGCCUCACCACUGCCGUCUCCCUCCACCCCACCUGUUUUUUUCCCUCCUGAUCCAGAGCCCCCUCCAGUCUCAACGCCCUCAUCCAUCUCUCCUCCGAACCCCUCUCCCUCUCCUCCUCUGGCCCCUACCCCUCCCCCAGAGUGCACGUCCAUCUUCUCUGACUCGAACACCCUGUCAGAACCUCAGCAAACUCCACCAAGAACACCGUCACCCAUCAGGACACCCGUCAAAUCAACGCUGCCCUCACCAUCAAACGGCCUUGUGAAGACUAGUGGGAAAAAGAGCAGCGCUAACCUGCUGGAUGAGAUUGUGAGGCAGAUAUCAGAGGAUCCACCAUGCAAAUGUCCAGUCAAAUUCUGCAUUGAGAAACAGCCAAAAGGCCAUUAUCGUGUCGGAGACAAAGUCCUCUAUGUCAGGAUGCUGAAUGAUAAACAUGCCAUGGUUCGUGUUGGCGGUGGAUGGGAGACAUUUGUUACUUACUUGUCAAAGCAUGACCCUUGUAAGAUGACUGAGAUCCCUCGGCCUCGAACCAAAACCUGCAAGCCUAACGGCAGGUCCCCAGUCAAGAGAGAGCUGUCCCGGGACAGUUAUCUGGUCGUGGGUACACAUUCCCGCUUCAAGAAGUAAUGUGACAGUAAAUGCUACUUCUGUUAAAUCAAC